AAUUCCUUCACCCAGAGCAGAACCUGACUAACAAGACCAUGGCAGCCCAGAAACAAGCAUCAAUCUGCCUACUAUUCUCCCUCUUAAUCAUCUCCUUGUACAAGUCCUCACAAGCCGCUGGUAUUGCCAUUUAUUGGGGCCAACGCACCGAUGAAGGCACUUUGGCUGACACUUGUGCCACGGGAAACUACCAAUACGUGAAUAUAGCCUUCCUAUCCACAUUCGGUAAUGGCCAAACCCCUGUACUAAACCUAGCCGGGCACUGUAAUCCCAGUGCCAAUGGUUGCGCCGGUCAAAGCACAGAUAUCAAAGCUUGCCAAGCUAGAGGCAUCAAAGUCCUCCUUUCCAUUGGCGGUAGUUCCGGAAGCUACUCCCUAUCUUCAGCCGACGAUGCAAAGCAAGUGGCCAACUACCUUUGGAAUAACUUCCUUGGUGGUCAGUCCAAUUCACGACCCUUAGGCGAUGCAGUUCUGGAUGGCAUUGAUUUCGACAUCGAGGCUGGUUCGGGCCAACCGUGGGAUGAGCUCGCUCGGUCUCUAAACGGAUUCAGCCAACAGAAAAAAGUGUACUUGGCCGCAGCUCCGCAGUGUCCGUUCCCGGAUGCUCAUCUCGAUACGGCCAUCAAAACCGGUCUGUUUGAUUAUGUUUGGGUUCAAUUCUACAAUAACGCUCAAUGCCAAUACGCAGACAAUGCUAACAAUCUUUUAAGUGCUUGGAAUCAAUGGACCACGGUUCAAGCUAGCCAAGUGUUCUUGGGGCUUCCAGCUGCUCCCGAGGCUGCUCCAAGCGGCGGAUUUGUUACGGCAGACGUGCUCAAGUCUCAGGUUCUUCCAUCUAUUAAGAGUUCAGCAAAGUAUGGAGGAAUUAUGCUAUGGAACAAAGCGUUCGAUAGUGGCUAUAGUUCAGCCAUAAAGGACAGUGUCUAGGUCACGCUCAUAAUUAACGCUUUGCUGAACAACUAGUAUAUGGGUUUUUCACUGCCUAUCCUAUGGGGUUUGACAUGUACUUUUAUGGCAACUAGUCUCUAAAUAAAUAAAUAAGAGAAAUAACGUCAUUCUUACUCAA